AUGAAAACCUUCCUGCUGCUGGCUGUAUUGAUAGCCUCUGGUAUAUCUCAAGUACAGGGGAGCUUGAAGCAACUGCAGGAAAUCAUUCAGAAGUUGACAGGGAAGAAUGCCCUGCUUAAUUAUGGCUUUUAUGGCUGCUACUGUGGCUUGGGGGGGUGGGGGACCCCCAAGGAUGCCACUGACAGGUGCUGUGCAAGCCAUGACUGCUGCUACUCAAAGCUGAUGAAGAAUGGCUGUCACCCCAAAAAGGAGAAAUAUGAUUACAGCUACCAUAAUGAUAUCAUCACUUGUGGGUCUGGAAGCAAGUGCCAACAUCAGAUCUGCUCCUGUGACAUAACUGUUGCCUACUGCAUGUUGAGAAAUCUAAGGACCUACAGUCUCAAAUAUCAAAGCUUCCCCAACAUCCUGUGUGUGGGGAAUAAGCCCCAGUGCUGA